UUUGGCGCAUUGCCGAUUUCAAAAUUUCUAGUCUUUUGAACAUCAAAAUAAUGAAAACAAAUUAGCCGUGUAUAUUCUUGCAAAAUUAGUAUGCUCACAUCUUUGUCUGGUUAUUGUAGGUUAAGGAAAUUAUACCGAAGUGAAAGAUAAUAUUUUUAUUAAUGGAGCAAAUUUUUAUGAUCGAAGUUUUUGUGAAAAAAAUAGUGCUUAAGAUCGAGCCUCCUCAAAAAGAUGAGUACGAACUCAAAAUGGAAGAAGAGGAGAGAAAGAGGGAAGCAGAAGCUUUAGCAGCAGCCGAAGCACUUAAAAAGGGCAAGAAAGGAAAAGACAAGCCAAAGAAAGGGAAAAAAGGAAAAGAACCACCGAUGCCUUCAGAGGAAGAAAUGAAGUUCAUGCAGACCUGCACCUUACAGAUGAACUGCCUACCACUUUUUGACUUCUACGUAGCACAUGAUAAUUUCAUUGCACCCCCACCUCCUCCACCUCCUGGGAAGAAAGGCAAACCUGCUAAGCCUAAGCCUCCGAAGAAAGGAAAACAACCUCCUAAAAAAAUUAUCCUACCAUCAGAGCCGUUACCACAGCCUCCUUACUUCGGCGUUGGAAACUCUAUCAUGUUCCUUUCAAGGCCUUCUAAAUUGGAAGAAGUACUAAGAAAAACCCCUAUUUAUAUCACGGUCUGGAACAGAGACCAGGAGAUGAACUGCAUUGGUUUUUGCAUAGUGGAAUGGAAUGAAACUUUCUUUAAUUGCCUUCAAAGAGCUGGAGAGUUGAACCCAGUUAAUAUGGAUCAAGCUGAGUACAGAACGACAACCAGACCAGAAAUGAUCACAAACACCGUUGAGUUGACAAGACCAUUGCAAUGUGAGGAAGAUUUAAAAACAUCUGGUGAAAUCGAAUUUUUCAUCAGAUUGUCAUGCUUAGGGAACAGAGUGAUCAGUUACUUCGUAGCUUUACCAGAAAUGGAAAGAUUGCCUGGUAGGAAGUAUUUAUCAGACGAUUUGAAGUUGAAGGACGUUGAGGUAGUCCGGCAUUGGGAAGGAACUACCAUAGACGCUGUGCCACCAGUGGCAUAUAUUUUCGGUGCUCCUGACAUUUGUAGAGAACCAAUAAGGCCUGUUGAAGAGCCGGUGAUAUAUGACGACUUUGUGGCACCAUUCACAAGCAGUGAGCUUGCAAUUCUUGCAAUGGGCUUCCCCAAGGGCCCUUGCGGUGGAACCAACUGUCCCAAAAGGAUGGACUAUCGUGGCAGUCAGCACCAGUUCAUCCCUGGGGAAACUAUCAAAGGGAAGUACCAACACGGCCAAUUUGUGAACAAGAGAGAUGUUCAUGGACCCUGUGGAAGACUGGACUGCCCUCUAGCUAAAAAAGUUCGUACUUAUCUGUGCAAUGAAGGAAGUUAUAAGACAUGCCGCAAACCGUGCGCUAAAGAUUAUUACUAGACAUUAGCAGUAUUGGAAGGUAUUGGCUGAAAAAAUAAAUAGAUAAUAUUAUUGUGAGUGGUGCGACGUAAAAGUGGCAUGGUGUUUUCUAGAAAUUUAUUGCCUCACGUCGGGCCAUUCUGC